UGGGCAACCGCUGCAGCCCCUUUCCGCGACGGAUCAACAGAGGACAGGGAACAAGUCAGUUCUCCCUCUUUCCACCACCUCUGUCGUUACGGCGAUCGCGCCGGCGUCGGAUUCCGAUCCGGAUAUUGCGGUGAGGUUCGGUGUGGUGGAGGAAACUGAAGUGGAGUCGGUGAAGAGGAGGAAGCAGAAAUACUACCAAGCUGACCACGAUUAUGAGCAGCAGGCUAGUGCUUCUUCAGGCACAACAUCACCGUCUGGAGGUCGGAACCGGAAAAGCCAUCUCGGAAGCCCCGGAAGAGCAAACCGUGAGGGGCAGCAUCGGGCAGAAGUGGAGAACAGUAACAGUGCUAGUCCCGCGGAUCCGGACCCGGGAAGUGUCAUACCGAUUCCGCUUGGUAUGAUACCUGGUUUUGCGGAAGAUGCUGGGGCUCUUGAAGAAGUAGAUCCGGGGUUGGACACUGCAGCCGUUCCGCUCAUUGCAGUGCCAGUGACUGAAAAUGGAGUCGCAAACGGUUUGGCGGAAGUGGAAACUGCAGCGAUUCCGCUCCCCCCUACUGUGGACGAGGGUCAGGAUGUUGAUCCAGGUGUCAACGCAGCUGCCACAACUUUUAUUCCCGUCAUGGUCGGAGGAGCAGAAGAUGUUGGUCAGCACCUUCCAGAUGAACAGACUGGUGACCCCACAGACACUGCUACUAUUCAGGUUCGCAGUGAAUCUAAAACGUCAGCGACGGAAACCACAAAAGAUGUUCACGGCGCUGGAGGCAUAGGGAACUACGAAGAAACAGCGGUACCUGUUGAUUCCGCCAACGCAUACGUAGCUGCAGCCGAGGGCGGCGAGGCACACGGCGUCAACACACCAGCCGAAGGAGAAGGACCACGACAAACACAAGACCAAACUCUCCCUGCAGCUUCCGAAGGCGCCCACAAAGAGGACGAAACGACCGUCGAUCCGAAAGAGUUGAAGAAACGAAAAAAAGCUGCCGCGAAGAAGAAGCGCGAGGCGGAGCGGAAAAAACAGGAGGAGAUCCGCCGGCAAAAGGAGGCGGAGGAGGCGACGAGGCUGAUUUUGGCUGCGAACUUAUUGGAGAUCAUCAAGGAAACGAAACGGAAGAACGACGAAAUUCAAACUGCCAUGGAUAACGCGAUGAAGCAGAAGAAAGCCGAUUUCUCCUUCGAGCCUUUUGUGCUCGCGGAGAGCGAAAAGGCCUGGGUCGCGGAGUUGCGACACCUAGCGGAGGCAGCGAAGAGAUUUCACAUGCUAGACCAGCUGAGCAGGGGUAAAGCGAAGAUGCAACGAUCACCGGCUGGCUCAGUAGCUUCAAAAUCCCCAAGAAGUGCGACAGGGAAGCAGGAUAAAGACCAGAGUGAACAUCAACAAGGGGUACUAGCUGCCGCAAAGGACGAUGCAUUCAAACCGCCCAGCGACGUGUCCGCGCGCCUGAAGGAGUUGGACCAAAAACUGGGCGUAAAAGACCCCGACGCACCGGACAAGGGAGCUGAAGAACUGUCCGCGGAGUUGAGUACUUCUUUCCAGGGCAAGCUCGUCACUAUUCAAUUGGAGGAGGAAGAACGGGUGAGGAAGGAAAAAGAGGAGAAAGAACGGCUGGAGUUGGAAGAGAAGCAAAGACUCGAAGCGGUUUUGGCGGAAGAUGAAAAUGCAGGAGAGGAAGGUGAGCUGCAAACCGGCGGUCUCGUCGUUGUCACGGCGGACGACGUGCAGAAAAAAAUCCCUUUUGUCGCGGAAACAACUGAAGAGCAAGCAGGGGCCCAUCGCCAUCCUACCGGCUCCGUCCGGUCAGAGGGGAAGAAAGACACGGUGACCAGCGGAACGAGCAAACACGACAAAUCCACAUCCCAGUCCAACGCGACCUCUUCCCGCUCGGGCGCCUCGACGCCAGAAGAGCUUCGGUCGCCGAGGGAGAAGGAGGAGAUCGCUGCGGCGGUCGAGAAAAUCAUCAACCGGGUGCACCGGCGAGUUUGCGAGAAGAUCGAGCAGGAGAUCAAGUCGGUGAGCUUAAUCAGCGAGAAAAUCACAGCUGCGGCCAGUACCGCGUUGAAGUUGCAGCAGGUGAUGGACCGGAGAAAAGCGUCGAAAAUGAAUGCUGCGGACAGCGAUAACGACCCGGCCCCCUACAGCGGCCGCGCAGACCGAGCGCCCAGUGAAAAAAUCCCGACGUUAGUGGGGUCUUCCGCGGAAGCGUCGUCGGCUUCGAGCCAGCACGGGUCUACCUCGCAGGCUUCGAGUUUUGUGUUUGGGGAAACGGAGGCGAGGGAGAGGUUGAAGGGGAAGAUGCUAGAACAUCAAAGCUCGAGUGGUGCCUCUGAACAUGAAGGUCGAGAGGACGCUUCUGGGUCGGAGAAGAGCGCAGGGAGUGAAGGGGAAGAUGAUGAUGGCAGAGAACUACAAGAAGUAGAUGAGGAACUACGUCGCUACACGGAGCUAGCUGCACAAAACGAAAACGUCGCAACAACUGGGAAUCAAGCACAGAAAGGUGCAACUUCUGGCCCUUCCGACGAGGACCAAUCUCUGUUUCAUCUCCCUUCCCCCCGUUCCAUCGUCCUGCGGAACGACCCGCUGCAUCUCGGUAACCUCCUCCGCGAAAACCCCGCGCCGGUUUUCUCCGAAGCGUCCACACCUCAAAUCGGCAUGCGAUCGCCAAUCAUCCCCGACGACCUCAUGACCGCCGCCGCCAGCGAGGUGUUGCGGUUCGCGGGGCAGUGGACCGUGAAGAAGGUGCAGGAAAACGAUUUUCUGAAAAGGAAGCUGCUCCACGCGGAUUUCGUGAACGAGCUGGGGCAGGAAAGGCGGGAAUUGGAAAAGCAGAGGAAGGAGAGAAAGCGUUUGAUGAACGACUCCGAUCUAUCCAAGAAAAAAACUGUGUUAGUGUAAGUCUUUUGGGAAAACAGCAUCACAAGUUUGUCUGCCAUGACAGGACAAACUUGUUAUGCGCAGAUACAAAGGGAAAAGACAUAGGAAACGAACCGGUCAUGCAUGUCGAGCAUGACAAGUGUAACUGUUUGGCAUUUUCUGCAUCACAGAUUUACACUUACACAGUUUUUUUCUUGCAUACGAUCACAUGGCGAAUGAGGUUGCGGCGAGACUACUGGGGAAUAACAACGAGGACCAGGAGGUGGAGCAAGCGAGAGAGGAACAGAGACAAGCUUUGCAGGAGAAGUGGAUGAGGAAUGAUAGUGCUGGUGCUGCUGUUGAGAACCAGCAAGACGCGGAUGGAGCAGGAGCAACUACCGACGGCGGACGAUUGCCGGAGGACGGCGAGAUAACUUCUGUGAGUCAACAGAUGAACCCUUUCUCCGCGAAAGCGAGAAGUUUGAGUUCAAAAUACACGGACAAAUCAGAUGAAGCCAAGCAGAAGAUUUUGGAUGAGGAAAGAGAAUUGCUCUAUGUGAACAACUCCGUGAAGAUGUUGGUCGCGCAGAUCAUCGGCAAAGCCGAGGCGACAGUGUCGCUAAAAAUCAAGGUUGAGCAGAAGGACAAGAGGAAGGAGUGGGUGGAGCAGUGGCUGGAACGGCACGAGCAGAAGUUCGCGUUUUUGCGGGAAGCGGCCAAGAAAGAGUGUCAAAUUGGAGGUGGUGGCGGUGGGGGGAAUAUGGAAAGGGAGGAGGGAGAAGAUGCUGGAGAUGGAGUUGGUGUGCACGUGCAGCAAGCCGCAAAUGCACGAGAACAAGAUCCGCUUCUGCAAGCGAAAGACGAAGAACGAUCACGCCACGCGAUGGCCGACACGAACAAGCCGGAUCCGAUCCAGAAAUCUCCCAAUCUCCGUACCGCGGCAGACCUGCACGCCCGGCAGCGAGGCGGUAUUCUCCGUAACGAGACGCCGUUUCAAGAGCUGGUGCCGACGAGACAGAUGGUAAAUCGCUUGGAAUCAGAGGUGCAGAGGUACUUGCCGAUUGAAGAAAAGAAAGCAACGCAGGCUCACCUUGCCGACAAUUUUUACCCGAGGAGUCCAAGUCCGCAAGCACAGCGGCUGUUGGCAAGAAGACAGGUGAAAUGGGAUGAGAAAACGGGCAGAAAGGUGGUGAGAAACGAUUUUUCCUCGGCUUCACCGACGAGAAAAAACGAGAAUUUGAAUUCCAGUGCCUCUCGUCGACAAUUGCCGCGGAUUCCGGCGCCGGAAUCGCGGCGAACUGACCCAGCGGUCGUUGAGGAGCUGCUGUUGCGAGAGCAUCCUCGGAAAAACACGAUCAUCGACAUGUCGACGGCUGACAGUGACCGGGCGCUUUUUGCAGGAACGGACAACGUGGACUUCAAGAACGUCAAUGCGUACUUAGUGGAGGUCGACAAUUACGGUGGCGGGACAGAUCAACAUGUUCCUGCGGGAACGACAAACACCGACCAGCAUCCGUUUCACCAGCAAGACAAGUUCCAAAAUCGGGACCAGUUCAACAACACGCUAACGCAAAUACGGCAGACGAUGGAGGAUUCCGAGCAAAAGCAAUUGGAAAAAUCAGGUUUGCUGGAAUACCACCGGAUUUUACGCAGGAAAGCCGUCGGCGAGUACUCCGAAGACGACUUGAUCCACGUUUUCGCGCGCCUGCUGCACGGUGUGUUGAACGUGGCGAAAAAUGUUCACGGCGACCAUUCAAGUGGUAUGAAUUCUAAUUCUCCCACCGCUGUCCGCAGCAAAUCGCUUUCCCCGACGAAAGUUCGCCUAAAGCCCAACCCCUACGCCAAGACCGCAACGGAGCGACGGAUGGUGCAGCUGCUGAGCCAGCCGGCGGGGCACCACCUGGAAUCGAACGUGACCAGCAUGGAUCACAAACAGCUGUAUGAACGGAAGAGCCGAGUUUAUGGAGAUGAGAUUGUGAAUCCAUUCCCUUCACCUUCUGAACAUCUUCACGGUCGUCCACCUCUUCAGAGCCAACUCACGAAGCAGCAAAUAAGACUGCAAGAAAGCGCCAAAAAUCGUUCCACCUCUCCAUCCAAAGCGCAGUCUCUGAGCCCCCUGACCAAGAGGCAGCAGGCCGUGAAAUUGCAUCAGGGAUCGAGCUCCGUUUCUUCGCGGCGAGCUGGCGGCGGCUUGGGACAGAGCAGCGGUUCAUCUCUUGGAAGCAAGAAAAUGUUCCAGAAAGAACUGGACUUCGCAACAAUCGACAACAACAACAAGUUUGAUGUGCGGAACGACAUUAAUUUCGAUAGAAAUAGCGCAGGCCUUCGCACGACCGACAGACAAACCGAAAACCUAUCCGAUUUGCACCGGAUUCGGGAAGGAAAAUCGCUAGAAGUGGACUUGCACAGCGUGACUACCCCGUAUGUGGUGACCUUCCACGACCUGCGGCGGUGCGUGCCGCGGGAGCUCCUAGAGAUUCUGUUGCGGAAGUACGAUCCGCACCAUUUCGGGGGCGUGACCUGUGCGGAGUUCUUGACCAUGGCACAGCUGGCGAUGAAGCAUGAGGAGACGUGAGUGGAGGUCGUUCUCAGGAGAGCUGAGGCUGACAAGCUGCUCUGGUGCACUCUGAUUAUGCACGAUUCCGUUGCAAGAUGAAGCCUAGUACGUCUGCGAAAUUGUCAUCACCAAUGAAGAACUCAACUUGAUUCUGAGUGCUGCAUUCAUUCGUAGAAGAUAAAACAAAAACAAACAGCUGCAAGAUGAAGGAAGACGAAUUGAAAGUCAAGCACUUGUUGCAUUUCUUGCGCGUUCACGUUGUUGAAAGAACCUU